ACCUGGAGCUGAACACGCUCAAGACUGUAGAGAUGAUCGUGGACUUCAGGAGGCAUCCUUCGCCACAGCUGCCCCUCACGUUGUCCAGCUGCCUUGUGUCAACCGUCGAGACCUUCAAGUUCCUGGGAAUUACAGUCUCUCAGGACCUGAAGUGGGCGACCAACAUCAACUCCGUCCUCAAAAAGGCCCAGCAGAGGAUGUACUUCCUGCGGCUUCUGAGAAAGCACGGCCUGUCACCGGAGCUGUUGAGACAGUUCUACACAGCGGUCAUCGAAUCAGUCCUGUGUUCUUCCAUCACAGUCUGGUUUGGUGCUGCUACAAAAAAGGACAAACUCCGACUGCAACGGACAAUCAAAAAUGCUGAAAGGAUUGUCACACACACACACAUGGAUGACUGGUUGCCUGGUGGAAGACGUCGGGAUGACGCCAGUGAUUGGGUUCCCUCAUAUCCCCCACGGGCACAAGUCAAUCAGCAGCCUGAGCAAGUCCCGCCAGGCGACGGCAAUCAGUGGCUGCCUCCUGCACACACAGCACCGCUACCGCUACUGCUACCGCUACCGCUAACGCUCCAGCUCCGUCUCCUCCCCACACAAACUGCUGCUGCUCCCCUCUACUUCCUGCCUGCACAGCCUACUCCUGCUGGCAGCAUGCCACCUCCUGCCAUGAAACAGGAUAGAUGGGUCCCAGGUCCCAUCGCCAGCGGUCACCAGACAAAAGGCCAAGAUGGGUCAAAACCUUCGAAUGCCAAUUAUUGAGUUCCCUGGCCCUGACGGUCAACCUGUUCUGUUGUACCGUUAUAUGGACCCAGAAAUGAAACAGGUGAUAAAGGAUUGGCAACAUCCCAAUGAAGGCGGCCACAAGCUUCACCGUGUUUUCCUCUAGUUUGCCCGACACUGGAGGCCCAUCGGCAGCGAGGUCUACAAACUACUCCUCCUCCACCUCGGAGCAGAGAUUUUCAGUAAAUUGGGUGCAGUGGUGGAACAGGGAGAGUACAAGCAGCUGCAAGCAAGAACUGUCUCCGGGAACCCAAACGGACCAUGGGAAGUGCAAAUGAUAGCCAUAGGUUAGGCCCUUGAGAUACACUUCUCCCUUCGCCCCUUUUACGGAUUCAUGCCUGUGUGCAAGGGACAGAUGAGACAGCAGCUGAAUACUUGCACCAUCUCAUGGACGCUUGUGAGAGCCAUUCCGGACUUACUAAACUGGCCAGUUUCGACAGUGAUGAGAGCCUUGAAUGACUCGCUAAAUAUCAGUGACGUCUUUUUUAGUCAUGACUUUUGCGCAGCGUUUGUCUCACUAACUCCAGCGCAACUGUGUGUCUUUGAUGUUGUCCGUUCAACACCACAAAUUUCUCUAGCAAAACAACCUGUGGCGCCAUGGCAGGAUGUAGGCCCUUUUGUCUCCCAAUGUCAGAGUGCGACUGAAUGGGCACCAACAUCGGAUCCAACAAUGUUUUUUUCUAAAUCUGUCAAUUCCCACAGAAAGGUGUUGAGUGUGUGCACACGUGCCUUGCGUUCCGUCUACCUUACAUUGAAACCGAUCUGAGUCGUGUCACACACAAAGUCCGACUGACAUCUCCCCUCUGCUGGACCACGUUCCAUCCACACUGUGGGCUACCAGCAAACAUGAUGUAGGGCUAAUUAAGAACUGUCCACUGGUUCGACUCAAACCUAAGUCAUCUUAUUCCCCUCUACAGCAUCAGUGCCACUUGCUUGAGCCUUUCCAAGUCCUCCUUGUGACCAACACUGCAGUGCAAGUUGCUGAAAGAGCUACGUGUUCACGCAUCACACUGCAAGACAUUCCCGGUGGCUCCUAUGGACCCAACUCCUUCUCUUCCUUCACCUUCUGCAAUGGAUGGCCGGAAAGGUCAGCCUAAUAAAGCUAAAUAGUCACCCCUGAGAAAGAGGAUUCACUGUUAGCAUACAUUUUUAGCUCCAAUCAGUGGUGGAAACCACUGUGCUAAACUGCACGUCGAUAAGGUUAUAGAAGAGCAGAAGAUAGGUCAUAAAAGCCGAGCAACAACCAAUCAUCUGUUGUCUGAACUGAAGCGCGCACACACACACACACACACACACACACACACACACACGUGCACUUGCGUAACUCGGCAGAAGAACAGAAGAAGAUACAUCUCCCGAGGGUUUCAAACCGCUCAUUGGUGGUUUGACAUUAAUUACCAUAAUUAUUGUGAUUGAAAUGUGUUGAUGCUUCCACUUUGGCAGUUGACACAAUUUUGCACCUUACGAGAUGUGACAACUACGACAAGCUUCUUUAGUUUCAUGUGAUCGCCACUACCUCUGCUAAUUACACAUCCUCCAGUAUGAAUGUUUGGUUUCUUGAUGCCCUUCAUGUGGCACGCUCUCAAAAUCGUUCUAACGGCUAUGUUUGUUCUUACAUGCCGCACCGCUCCAAACCUUCUCUGCAUCCCAAUUCGUCAUCACUCUUUCCUCACACCUAAACUUCUUUUGUCAGUCCACAGUACCUUAACCAAACCGUCCUUGCUGAAACCGGUUAUCCUCUCCCCUAUAUCAAUGUGACCAAAGAUUUUGAUAAUUUUAAACACACUGAUGUAUAUGGUAUAGUGCCUUUGUUUGGCCUGCUUUAGAUUUGCCCCGGAGAGCAAUUCCACUGUUUUGCUAUGAACAAUACCCUAUUUGGCCAGCGUGUGUACGUUGAGGAGGUGCCAAAAUAUUAUUCCCAAUCUAUGUCUGUACCAUGCACAACCUUUGUUUCUUCCUCCUCUCUGUACAAUUCCUAAACUCUUCCCGGUACUACCUGUCUUCCCUAUAUGUCAUUACCUGACUGGUUGGACACGUUGCCUUUUGAGGGAGUGUACUUUCUUGGACGAUGAGUCUACACUAAACUUGUUCCCGAUUGGUCUGGUUGAUGCGCCCCUAUUGUUUUGACUGACACUCAUACAUUAUCUCUGCCACACGCCAUUUCGGUCGUCAUAGACAGGCCCAAUUUAAAGAACACGAUCCAGUUUUGGGCACGGAUGUCCUCACCGAUCAUAAGGUUUGGGGAGUAGGUACCAAGUUGUACUCUCUCAAAUUGAGGUGGGGAAGUUGAUGUUAUGUUAUGAAACUCUUAAGUUAUCACUUUUCUAGUUUUGUUAACACUAUCCUGACCAUUCUAGAGGCUUCACCUGUGGAAACUAAUACAAUUCGUGAAGUAGCCUUCCAACACUGCUUGACACUUGAUCUGUUAUGCACCCUCUUGAACCAAACCUGUUGCACAUACAUUUCUGACAGUGCUGGUGAUACAGGCGUUAUAGCCUGUGGCAUUAAAAAUCUCACUAUACUCCGCGAUAUCAUUGCCCGUGAGGAGGGUCUCGAUUCAAGCUGGUUCACUGGACUCAGAUGGCAGGCUUGGCUGUAUCGCUUUGCACUUACGGUCUGUGUUGCUUUUUUUGUACUCUUUUUCAUGUCCUGUUGUCUGGUCCCUCUAGUCAAAUCUUUGGUCUUUCGCAUGGUUGUCAAUGCAUUUGUCCACUAUUCAUGGGUGACCUCCGGUGACCCACUAACAUCAUACCCCGCUAAUGACCGAUGUUUUCCUGACCUUUUCCCUCAAACCGACUGCUUGGAUGACAACGACAACAUGACUGAUGAUCAUGACUCAGAUUCUCGUAACCCUAAAGUGUGAAUUUCUGGAUGGUUGUGUGGUUGUUUUUUAAAUAAAUGCUAUGCUUUUACUGUAUAUCGUUUUAAUUGCUCCAUACUAUCUUCGUGUUUUUGGUUACUUAGUGUUUAGUAAUGUUUAGUAAUGUUACUUUCUUGUGUGAUUAGUAAUUGAUUGCAUUAUUAUUAUUAUCAAAAGGGGGACCUUGAUUUGGAAAAUUUGUUUCAUAUACACUAUCAAAUAUCAGUUUUGUGAGUUGUAUAUAACAUUUGCAUGUUUAUUGUUCCUUAGCUUGAGACAACACAGUACUUCUGUGUGUCCUUGCAAAUGUGACUUUUGACAACUCCUUGUAUUCCUCUUCCUUUCUCAUCCUCUGCAUUCUCCCAUUCCCAUAAAGAUAAGUUUGAGUGCAUCUAGACGAAGCUAACUGCGUGAGAAUGUUGUGGGAAUGAGAGGGGUGUAUUUCUUUUUUCCUCUCUCGCUCACUUCUGUAUAACGUUGACAUGCGCUUCAGUAAGCGGUGACAACUCGUGAUGACUUGUACCUUUUCCUCUCUUUGCAAAGAUAUUCUUCCUUUCUUGGAAUAAAAAACCCACAAAGACACGAUUGCUUCCUUAUUUAUUCUGUCAGAGAAAGAUCUCCCAAAACAGUUGACACGCUGUGGUGACCCCUAAUGGGACAAGCCGAAAAUAAAAGAACAAGGAAUAAAACCUGUGCCUCAUUUUACGCUGCUGUAUUAAAUGUUGGUCAUUAUGGUACUACUUGGAGAGCCAGAUAUUUUUUCACAUGGUAUUGGGGUAAAAGGUUUGAGAAUCACUUUUUAAUACAAAGAGGUCAUAGCCAGAUAUUUUACAGACAUGAGAGCCUGUUCUUGAACUCACUGCUUAGAACUAUAACAAUGUCUUCUGCUUCCCCUUGCAGGAACUGCCCUCACCCUCUUCCUGACUGUCACUGUACGAUGUCACUGCUUGUCCUCCUUAGAUCUUUGUCACUCCUCCACCUGUUUCUCUGUCACAGUGGACUCAGGUCUGUGGGGAACAUUACAGGGUGGUGGCGGGUGUCUCAACAACAUCCAUCCAUCCAUUUUCUACUGCUUAUCCGAGGUCGGGUCGCGGGGGCAGUAGCUUUAGCAAGGACGCCGAGACUUCCCUCUCC